AUAAUAAAUAAAAAAAAAUAAAGGAAAUGUAUUUUGAAUGAAAGCCCAGCCCAAAUAAAAUUUCCAAUGAAAAGAAAAGAAGAGAAGAAAAGAUGAAGUGGAGAAAAUAUCUUAACUUUCAUUUCUCCAAAAAAAAAAAAGCAACUGAAAUGGCGAUUCUCUUUACGGCGACAGGUUUUGUCCAUGGCUCCAAAAUCAACCACCACGCAUUGCCACUCCCUAACUCCUUCUUCUUCCUCGGCUUCUCACUCUCCUCUCGCAACUUUUCUCCGGCGAACCGUUUGCUUUCCUCUCCUGUUCGUUUUCACCGUCGUCAGUCUCUGUCUUUUUCUCUCCGGGCUACGAAACCCGGCCAACCUCCUCCCUCUCCCCCUGAAUCCGACCCGCCUCCUGGGACGCCCCCGAUAAAGGGUCUUGCAUCAUCUUUCUCCAAAUUUCAAGAUAGAAUUCAGAUAUUUUUUGCUGUCCUCUUCUGGAUGUCUUUAUUCUUCUGGACUUGCGCAUGGGAUGAAAGGAAUAGACCAAACAAAGGAUCACGAUUUAGAAGAUGACCCAGUAAACAUUUAUUUGUAUAUAGUUGGUAGGAUUAAAUGGAUAGUGUUAUAGCAUACACAAUAUGAGGGAAGCAUUCUUAGUGUGGUAAGUAUAUGCUGGCCUACAAAAGGAAAAAGAAAAAAGUUAUAACUGCUUCUAAAAGACCAGGGAUGAGAAUGGAUGGAAUGUGGAUCGAAGUUUCAGUUAUUGUUUCACUUCAUGGGGUUAUCACGAGAAAUCCUCGGAUUAUGAGCAUUGCUAUAAGGCACCCUGCACCCUAAGAAAGACAAGGUAUGCCACCUUCGGUGAAAUUCAUUUUCAGUUUUUAAAUGGGUGAGAUCUUAUAAUUUAUUUGUUCGAAUGACUAUAAAAGGUAUUAAGCACCUAAUUUAGGUGCUCGUGCUCUUUAAGCAAUUUCUCCUCUACUGCUAUUUGUGGACCAGUAAAUAGUGUAAUAUUACUACAUUUACUUGAAAGUCUAUUUAUGUACAAGAAAAUACUUUCAUUCUACUUAUCAAUACUUGUCAAUGAUUAAGUUUUGAACCCA